AUGGCUACCCCUAGUGUCCUAGCUUUUGACGCUGAGGGUCGCGCCAUUGAUUUUGAGGUCUGGCUAGACGACCUGCAGCUGUUCUUACAGUGCGACAGGGCUGAUGACCUUUCUCUCUUUGACCUCACCUCUGGCGCCUCUCCUGCUCCUGCUGCUGAUGCUGAUCCCGCUGUCCGCUCUAAGUGGGCCACCCGCGAUGCUGCUGCACGUCUUGCUGUGCGUCGCCACCUCCCUACCUCUGAGCGUGUGCACUUUAGUCAGUACAAGAGUGCUCAGACCUUGUACGACGCUGUAGUUGCGCGCUACUCCUCCCCUGCCACUGCUGCCCUGAGCCGUCUCAUGCUUCCCUACCUCUUUCCUGACCUCUCUGCCUUUCCCACUGUCGCUGACCUCAUUACGCACCUCCGCACUAGUGACACUCGCUACCGCGCCGCCCUUCCUGCUGAGUUCUGCGCUAGGAACCCCCCUCCCAUGUACAUCGCUCUCUACUACGUAGUCGCGCGCCUCCCUGACUCCCUUCGCGUCGUCAGGGACCACUUUCUCGCAGUCUGUCCCGCCACUCUCACGGUCGACCUCCUCGAGAAGGCCCUCCUUGCAGCGGAGAAGAGCAUAGUCGCUGUAGGUGCUUCUCGUGGUGACCCUCGCACCCCCAUCUUUGAGGGGUGCUCUCCUUCCCCCUUGCUGCCCUCUGUUGCCUCUGCUGCUGCUGCCGACCUGCUUGGUCUUGAGUCGGUCGGCGCGGCGUCUGCCCCUAGUGGGAGACGUCGCUCUAGCAAGGGCAAGGGAGGCAAGGGCGCGGGUGGAGCUGGGGGGGGCGGUGGCGGUGGCGGCGGUGGCGGCGGAGGGAGUGGGGGUGGCGGCGGGACUAGUGGCGGGGGUGGUGGUGGUGGUGGUGGCAGCAGCGGCGGAGACGGUGGUGGUGGUGCCAGCGGUGGUGGUGGAGGCAGCGGCGGAGGUGGAGGCGGCGGAGGUGGAGGCAGUGGAGGCGGCAGCGGCGGAGGCAGUAGUGGUGGAGGAGGUGGAGCUGGUCGGGGUGGUACCCAGCAGCGUAGCGGCGGUGGCGGUGGCCAGCGCUCGCACCGGCAGCAGCAGCAGCGCUCACGGGACAUCCCUUCGCCUCAGCAGCUUCGUGAGUGGUACGCUGGGCGUCAGAGGGGUGGGGGUACUGGUCCCUGCACCUACGUUCUUCGUUCCGGCGACCGCGCGGCGAUCUUUGAUCUUGAUUUUGAUGCUAUCCUUACUGCUAUGUAUGUUGUGGAUUAUAGUGAGGAGAAUGAGGGUUACCGGUGUUUCCAGCCCGACCCGGGCAUUGGUACUGCUGCGCUAGGUACUUGUGAGGCUGCUGCUCUAGGUGCCAGUGCGUCUGCGCUCUCAGGUACUGGUGAGACUGCGUUCUCAGGUACUGAGUCGUCCUCGUCCUCCCUCACUUUCACACUUGACUCCGGAGCUUCUCGCUCCUUUCGAGACCGCACUACCCUUUCGCCGCUCGCCAGGCCGGUUGCGGUCUCCCUUGCUGACCCCUCUGGGGGUCCUGUCCUGUCUCACUUCUCCACUGUCCUCCCGUGUCCGGCUGCCCCUUCGGGCACCCUGUCUGGUCUGUACCUUCCCUCGUUCUCUACGAACUUGGUGAGUGGAGCGGACCUGCAGGAUGGGGGUGUUCACCAGUUCACUCCUGCGCGUCAGCGGGUGACCCACUGCACGGAGGCUCGCACAGGCCGACACCUGGCCACGUUCUCGCGUCGGCCGGGGUCGAGUCUCUACACCCUGACCGUUGAGUCUCCUCCUGUCCCUGCGUCUGGUCAGGUGGCUGCGUCGGGUCAGGUACUUGCUGCUGCGUCCCGGUCAGGUCCUGAGUCUGCCCCCUGUUCUUGUCGCCUCCUGUCUCACGAGACUCUCCUGUGGCACCACCGUCUUGGCCACCCCUCCUUGCCCCGUCUUCGGAGCAUGGCUUCCCGUGUCCUUGUCUCUGGUCUUCCCCAGUCUCUCCCUCCUCUCCCCUCCGGGCCAGGACCUUCCUGUGUCCCCUGUGUCGAGGGUCGCCUCCGGGCUACUCCUCACUCCUCCCACUUCCCCCCGACAGAGGCUCCCCUGCAGACGCUUCACAUGGAUGUGUGGGGCCCAGCCCCCGUCCGUGGGCAGGGUUACGAGCGAUACUUCCUGUUGGUGGUUGACGACUACUCGCGUUACACCACAGUCCUCCCCUUGCGCAGCAAGGGUGCGGUCACUGAGGUGCUGAUCGACUGGAUCCGCGAGGCUCGUCUCCAGCUCAGGAAGAGCUUCGGCUCGGACUUUCCUGUUAUGCGUCUGCACUCUGACAGAGGCGGAGAGUUCUCUUCUCGCCUUCUGCGAGACUACUGUCGUGCAUGGGGGAUCCGCCAGACCUUCACGCUUCCGGACUCACCACAGCAAAAUGGGAUUGCUGAGCGCCGCAUUGGCAUGGUCAUGGAUGUCGCUCGUACGUCCAUGAUGCAUGCGGCUGCCCCCCAUUUUCUGUGGCCGUUUGCGGUGAGGUACGCGGCGCAUCAGCUCAACCUUCACCCCCGGGUCUCUCGGCCUGCGAUGUCCCCAGUCUUGAUGUGGACAGGGAAGGUUGGCGAUGCGUCUGUGUUCCGUGUCUGGGGAUCUCGGGCGUUUGUCCGCGACUUGUCUGCGGACAAGCUGUCCCCUCGUGCUGCUCCCUGUGUCUUUCUUGGCUUCCCCACUGACGCCCCAGGGUGGCAGUUUUACCACCCCUCCUCUCGUCGUGUUCUGUCCUCCCAGGACGUCACGUUCGACGAGUCAGUCCCCUUCUACCGUCUCUUCCCCUACCGCACUCCUUCCCUCCCCCCUCCCCCGGACUUCCUUGUGCCGGUUCCCCCCCCGGUAGACCCCCUCCCCCCUCAGGUUCCUGCCCCCUCAGGUGUGUCCCAGGUAGACGCCGUUGACCCGGUCGAGGUUACUGGUGACUCUGGUCCUGCUGCGGGUGCUGAGCCUGGGGGUGCUGACUCUGCGGGUACUGUGCGCGGGGGUGCUGUGCCUGGGGGUGCUACUGCUGGGGGUGCUGGGCCUGAGGGUGCUACUGCGCUGCUGAGCCUGGGGGGUGCUGAGCUGGGAGCUGCUGAGCCUGGGGUUUCUCCUGCUGCUGCGUCUCGCCGGGAGCCCCUCUCUCCACAGGAGCUGCGCGAGUGGUUCGCUCGCCGCUGGAGGCGUGCUGCUGAGUCUGGAGGUGCUGCUGGGGCUGGAGCUGGAGCUUCUUCGAUCGUCGAGGGUGCGGGUGCUGCCGGUCCCGGAGCUGCUGGACCUGCGGGUCCUCCUGGAGCUGGAGCUGCUGAGGGCGUUCGUGCUGAGCCUGCUGCUGUUGGUCCUGCCGCUGGAGGUGUGGGUGGCGCUGGUGCUGUCGCUGAGGGUGCUGGUGCUGUCCCUGCUGAGACUGGAGCUGCCGCGCGGCCUCGGCCGUACUUCGUUCCGCUCCUUCAGCAGGUUCUUGGUCUUUCUCCUCAAGUAGAGGGUCCACCGCCUGUCCAAUCGCAGUCCCUACUGGAGCCUUCCUCUCCACUGCCUGCUCCCUCUCCUUACACUGGUCCUACUGGAGGUCUUGCUGAGCGUCGUGAGCCUGCGUCUCGCCCCGCGUCGCCUGUUCGUGCUGCUCGCGCUAGUGGUCGCAAUUCGCGUCAGCGUCCUCCUCCUGUCCCUGGCACGCACCGGAUGUCUCUGCGUCCGUCCACUGCUCCUCUGCGUGCCCCUUUGCCUUCUCCUCCUGAGUCCUCUCUUCCUGCGCUUGCCGACCCUGAGUCGGACUCUCUUCGCGCUGCGAGUCCUACUGUCACGCGUCUGCUUGCUACUGUCGUCACUGACCCCUCUUUUGAGUCCACUGCUGCGUCUGCUCUAGUCGCAGAGCUCGUCGACUUUGCUGCUCGCUGUCGUCUCGACUACGCUGCUAGUCUUGUUGCUGAGUCUGCGUCUGUCUGUCCUCCGUCCGUCGGGGGUGAGUGUGCUCUUGGCACGGACGUCCUAGAGGACAGGCAGGAGGAGUUACAGUGUCUAGCGGCUGCUUCACCUCAUCUCGCGUCUGUACUGCUUGCCCCUGAGGGAGACCCGGAUGCACUAGACAUCCCGACUCCGCGUUCUUACGCGGAGGCCGUAGAGGGCCCCUACUCCUCUCAGUGGCAGGCAGCCAUGGAUGCAGAGAUGGCUUCCUGGAAGUCCACAGGCACCUACGUUGACGCGGUUCCCCCUCCUGGGGCGAACAUCGUCAGUGGCAUGUGGAUCUUCAGGGUGAAGCGGCCGCCGGGCUCUCCACCUGUCUUCAAGGCACGGUACGUUGCUCGUGGCUUCAGUCAGCGGCAGGGAGUUGACUACUUUCAGACCUUCUCUCCCACCCCGAAGAUGACUACUCUUCGGGUGCUGCUGCACAUAGCCGCUCAGCGCGACUACGAGCUUCACUCUCUCGACUUCAGCACUGCGUUCUUGCAGG